ACAUCAUCGUUGCGUAGGAUCUCGCGUCAUUCUCGCGAGAGUGAAACGAGACUACGUUUUUAGUACGAACUCGAUCUCAAGAUGGCGAUGCAAAGGAGACAAAACGUGCGUCUUCCACCAGAAGUGAAUCGCAUACUUUAUGUGCGUAACCUGCCAUACAAAAUAACUGCAGAAGAAAUGUACGAUAUAUUUGGAAAGUAUGGAGCUAUCAGGCAAAUAAGAGUUGGGUACACUCCAGAGACAAAAGGCACAGCAUAUGUUAUUUAUGAAGAUAUUUUUGAUGCAAAAAAUGCCUGUGAUCACUUGUCGGGUUUCAACGUUUGUAACAGAUAUUUGGUAGUACUUUAUUACCAAGCAAACAGAGCUUUCAAGAAAAUGGACCAAACAAAGAAGAAAGAAGAACUCGACAAAUUAAAAUCUAAAUAUGGACUAAACGACAAGAAAUAAACAUUUUAAUUGUAUUUAUUCCAUGGAGCGUAAAGUCUAUGCCUUGACUGUAUUCCCAGAGCUCCUGGAAUAUUUCUUUUGAAGCAGUGAAGUAUUAAAAUCAUUUAUUGAAGUGAAAAAAUACCGUCACUUAAGAAGAAAUGCAUCAUGGGUAUUUUGCAGUCCUGUCAAGUGCUUUCAUAGAAAUUUUAUAUAUGGUUUAGAUUAAAAAAAUUCUGUGUAUUUUUGAUCCAGUGAAUAAUGUAUUGACUGCUGCUAUUUGUAUUGUCGACUGUUUCUACACACCAGAAUGCUUGUUCAAGAUGGCUGCGCUUGCAAAAAAUUGACUGGAUAUUGAUGUAUGCGUUUGAAUUGGAGAGUAAAAUUCAUGUAUAUCAUCUUAAAAGGCGUUUAAUACAUCUAAUUUCUGUUGAUACUAGACCAGCCAAUUAUUCACUCUAAAUUAUUAACUAUGCUUUUGAUGCAUAUUACUUUUUUUUUCCCAUGAAUCACAUUUCUUCUAAUACCAGCAGGUACUAUGUCAUUAACAAUGACUUGUUUUAUGGGGAGAAUACUGAUUACUAUAUAGUAUUGUCGCUUAUUGACUAUUCAGUAGAUUUAAUGGGCGACCAUCACCAAAGUUCAGCUUAAUUUUGUUACUUGUUGAAAUCUGUGAUUGUGAGUGAAUUUCAUGUAUAGUGGCCGAGAGGUGUGUAUGAUAAAUAUUCCAGCCUGAAACCCAUGUUUGUGAUAAAUGUAUUAUGAGAUCAUUGGCAAAUGACAUCGUGUUCUCGGGCACAUACUCAGACAGACUGACUUAUAGUAUAAUACUGUAUUCUACACGAGUUGGUAGUCCCACACUCAAUGUUUAAGGUUCUUCUAUCGAUAAAUGUAUAUUAUAUAUUAAACUCUUGUAUUUGGGGGAGGGAGGUAGACUUGCAUACUGUCUUUUUGUUUGUCUUUUAGUGUUUUUUCAAUAAAAUAUUAUGGAAGUGUAUAAAUGGCGAAAACUGAGAAAUAAAAAUGUUCACACAAAAUUCAAA